AUCAACUUGCCAAACAAAUGGGUCCGUAUGACCGUAUUGUACAAUUUUAUGCUGGAAGUUAAGUAUUUUUUUUAUUAUUUUUUUUAUUUUUUUAUUGUAUUAAGCUUUUAACUGACAACAAACUGCACCUCAUUGAUGAAAAAACUCGGCAUUUCAUAAAUUUGAACAAUCAUUAAUUUUGCAAAAAAUACAAUGUAGGCCACUUUUGCUUAUAUGGUUGUCAAUUGCACUAAAAGCCAUGUGAACUUUGGUUUAUAUGGUUUUUUUUUAUGACAUUAAUGAGUAAGAAAAUCAGUUUUCUGUUGGCUAGACCAAUGGUAUUGUUAUACUAUUAUAUAGUGUUUAUAUAUAGCCAUUCAUAUAAAACACUCAUUUAUCAAACUUAGCUUGUUUUUCUAAAAAAAAAAAAAAAAAAAAAAAAAGGUUUUAUAUUACAAAAAACAAACAUGGGUUUUAGAUUCCAUAAUAUGAUCUCAAACACAAAGCAAAUCCUUAAACUUCAUUCAUCCUUCAAUAGAAACCAGCAAAAAUCAGUUCCAAAAGGCCACAUUGCAGUUUACGUAGGCGACGAAGAAAUGAAGAGGCAUGUAGUGCCCUUGUCUUUCCUUAGACACCCUUCUUUCCUAGACUUGCUUCGCCGAGCUGAAGAAGAGUUCGAGUACAAUCAUCCGAUGGGCGGCCUUACCAUUCCGUGCAGUGAGCAAAUCUUCAACGAUCUCACUGCACGAUUGAGCUACUAGUCGAAUGAAUAAUUACAUGAAAUUAUUUACGAAAAAUAAGAGAAAUAUUCACAGAUUAAUUCAACUUUGAACUUAUGCUGAAGUGACCUUUUUAUGUUUUCUGGUGUUUUUUUUUACACUUCUUGGUUAUUUCUGCUUCUUGUGUGCUCAAGUAGUAGCACAACAAGAAAUAAGCUUCUUGUGUAUAUUUUUUACCC